AUGAUGUUCAACACCAACGAUAUCGUCCGUUGGCGAGAUGACGGAUCACUGGAGACCUUUGGCCGAGGUGACGAUCAAGUUAAGGUUAAAGUCAGUGACGAGACAAACUCGCUCUGUAUAAAGACUGACCUUGAACAGGGCUUCAGGGUGGAACUGGACGGUGUAUCGGCUACCAUUGAAACAUACGAUGGUGUCUCAAGAGCCGCAGCGUUGAAGAUCGAAAACGAGCUCCAUGCUUUCUACGCUACGACGAGGACCAUUGAAGAAGAAGCUUUACUGACAUCUGUCAAACUUGCGCUACCAUACUAUUCAGUACCAACCUGUUGGCACCUCGUUCAUGAUAUACCUCUCACGGCCAACGGAAAAGUCGAUAGGAUCAAACUUCGCGAUCUGGCGUCCGACCGUCGAACUAGUGCUGAUUCUGGUGUUGUCAUAUCGGAACAAGAACCGCACCAGCCAUUGCCCGCCUCUCCAAAACGUGAUAGUCUGGAUCUGGAGAAGAAACCUGCAACCAUUGAGACCGAGACCUCUUCUUCCGUCUCGGAGAAGGAAUUCGAAGAUACCGAAAAGCAGCUAGUGAUAGUCGAGACUGAGCUCACAAAGCAUGAAGCGCCUGACGCGCUGCCUCUGAAGCGCGGUCUGCAUGGCCAGCGAUGGCUUCGGCAUCGAGCUUUCAUUCUGUACCGCCGCUUUUUCUCCGUCGUGGUCCUGGCCAACCUUUGUGUUGCUGGGCUCAUUCUUUACCGAAGGAUCGAGCAAGGCCAGCGUGUUCUUGCGGAUCUUGCUACAGCGGCCGCCGCCAACCUGUGUAUGGCGGUGAUGAUGCGCUCGGAACCGGUUGUCAAUCUGCUGUUUACAGUCUUCUGCUCAGUUCCGACAUCUUUCCCACUCGCCAUACGCCGGCACUGCGCUCGCAUCUUUCACAUUGGGGGAAUCCACAGCGGAUGUGCAAUCGCUGCGACCCUUUUCUUCAGCAUCUUCACCAUAACAGCUACUUGGGAGACGAUACAUGCGGCAGAGGCACAGCGAGGUGUGUCUACAGCAGCUAUUGUGCUGUCGUACUUGAUCGUGAGCUUGUUAGCAGCAAUUGGGUCGAUGUCACAUCCUGCAAUACGCGCCAAGUACCACGAUGUCUGGGAAAUGAGCCAUCGAUUCGGCGGCUGGACGGCACUCCUUCUGCUCUGGAUCCAGACCUUCCUUACGACAAGGGACCUCAAUUCCGGUCUUGCUCUCUCAACAGCCUACCUCAACUCACCUCCUAUCUGGCUUCUCAGCAUCGCCACGGCAGCCAUCAUAUUCCCUUGGCUGCACCUCCGCAAGGUGCCCGUCCGCUGUGAAGUACUCUCCACGCAUGCAGCCCGACUGCACUUCGAAUACACGACGCCGACCGUCGGUACAGCCGUACGCCUCGCUGAGCGACCUCUGGUGGACUGGCACGGCUUCGCAACUAUUACCAACCCCAAGACGCCCCAACAACCCAACGCCACAGGCUUCUCUCUGAUCGUCAGCCGCGCAGGCGACUUCACAGGGCGCACAAUCGAACGAGCACCGACGCACGUUUGGGUCCGUGGGAUUCCCACAUGCGGCGUUUUACGCAUCGCGACACUCUUCAGGUCUGUCGUUCUCGUCGCCACCGGCUCGGGCAUCGGCCCUUGUCUCGCGGUGAUCCUGGCCAAGAAGGUUCCCGCUCGUAUCUUGUGGACGGCACCGAACCCGGAGCAUACGUUUGGGAAGGAGAUUGUCGACAGUGUGCUUGACACUGAUCCUAAUGCGGUCAUCCACAAUACUCGGACGAUGGGGAAACCGGACAUGAGCCUCAUGGCGUACCAGAUGUGGAAAGAGAGCGGAGCGGAGGCGGUGUGUAUCAUCAGUAACAAGAAGUUCACGACAAAGGUGGUGUAUGAUCUGGAGGCUAGGGGUAUUCCGGCCUAUGGGGCGAUCUUCGAUUCGUAG